AUGAGAUUGAUGGCAGCCCUGUCUACAAAUAUGUUGACAGUCAACAUGUUACUGAGUGUCUUCUUUCUUCCAGGUGCUUUGGCUGCUUGUUCUGAAAAAUCAGCCCUCUUCAUCACUGCACCACUGAAGAUGGAAGCACUGAGUGGAUCUUGUUUACAAAUCCCGUGUAACUUUAGAGCUAAAGUAGCAGAAGAAUUUGAUGGCAGCAGAGAAACCUUUGGAGUGUGGAUUAAAAAUGACCACAGAUUUGGCCCCUAUCCAAACAAUGUGAUUUUCAACAGUAGUCAGACCAUUAACACAUAUCCAAUGAUAAUUAUUGGAAACCCGAAUGAGAAAAACUGCACCACUCUAUUUUCCAUUUUAACCACAACAUAUACAGACAAAUACUACUUCAGAAUUGUGAAUGAGCAAUUCAAGGCAACAGCAUAUUGUGAUCCUCUUCAAAUAACGGUCAGAGAUUCUCCUCUGAGCCCCACAAUUGAAAUCUCAGGUGAGCUGAAGGAGAAGGAGUCUGUCACUAUAACCUGCUCAGCUUUCACUCCCUGUCCACACUCCCCUCCUAAACUCACCUGGAAUCUCCAACAAGACGCUCACAACAAAAUAGAGGAGAACACAGAUCGAACCUUUACCGCUAAAAUCCAGAAGACCAUCACUCUGUCUGACAAGCAGGACGGUUACACCAUCACCUGUUCUUCCAUCUACUCUGUGAAUGAAGGACAAAAUGUUAAGUCAGCAGAGGGAAAAGUGACUCUCAGUGUUUCAUAUGCUCCUAAAGACACCUCAGCAAUGAUCAGUCCAUCAGGUUUGGUGUCACCAGGUAGCUGGGUGAACCUGACCUGCUCCAGCAGAGCCAAGCCUGCCGCCAACUUCACCUGGUUCAAGAUCAACAAAGAUGGACUCAUGAAAGUAUCUGAAGGAGACUUCUACAGCUUCAAUGUGACAGAUUUACUAGAUGUUUAUUACUGUGUGGCCACAAAUAAUGUUGGUCGUCAGUGGUCAUCAGAGAUCCAUCUGACUAUUAAAGAUUCUCCUCCGAGCCCCACAAUUGAAAUCUCAGGUGAGCUGAAGGAGAAGGAGUCUGUCACUAUAACCUGCUCAGCUUUCACUCCCUGUCCACACUCCCCUCCUAAACUCACCUGGAAUCUCCAACAAGACGCUCACAACAAAAUAGAGGAGAACACAGAUCGAACCUUUACCACUAAAAUCCAGAAGACCAUCACUCUGUCUGACAAGCAGGAUGGAUACACCAUCACCUGUUCUUCCAUCUACUCUGUGAAUGAAGGACAAAAUGUUAAGUCAGCAGAGGGAAAAGUGACUCUCAAUGUUUCAUAUGCUCCUAAAAACACCUCAGCAAUGAUCAGUCCAUCAGGUUUGGUGUCACCAGGUAGCUGGGUGAACCUGACCUGCUCCAGCAGAGCCAAGCCUGCCGCCAACUUCACCUGGUUCAAGAUCAACAAAGAUGGACUCAUGAAAGUAUCUGAAGGAGACUUCUACAGCUUUAAUGUGACAGAUUUACUAGAAGUUUAUUACUGUGUGGCCUCAAAUGAUAGUCAAACAGGUGAAGAACAGCUAGCUAAAACAGAUGAAGAAGGGAUCCAUUAUGGAGAGAUCAACUUCUCCAAGCAGAGACCUGGACAGUCCUCUGACUCAGUGCAGGCCAGCAGAGAGCAGCAGGAUAUUGUGUAUGAACAGGUCAAAGUGUCCGAGCCAACAAACAGAUUCACACAGACUGCUGACGGCCCAGAGGAGCUGUAUGCUCAAGUGAAGAAGAAAUGAGAGUUGUUUUGUUGUUUAAAGACAGAUU